AUGCUGUCGUGGAUCUAUUCGGGUCUUGACAUGAGCGAUCUCAUAGUUCUCACGAUACUCGCCGGCGGUGCCAUUGUGUUUCUGGUGAUGAAGUUUAUGAAUCAAUCGUCGAGCUCGUCAAGAUAUUCUCCUACUGUCACCACGACGACGCCGGCAACUGUUUCCAAAUCGAAUCAAUCGUUUAUUGACCGAAUGAAGAAUGAGGGCCGACAGGUUUUAAUCAUGUAUGGUUCGCAGACCGGAACGGCUGAAGAAAUGUCCGGACGUCUCGCCAAGGAUUUGUCGAGAUAUUCGAAAAAAGCGGUUGUCGUUGAUCCAGAAGACAUUGAAGUUGAGGAUUUGAACAGACUCUCAGAAGUUCCGGAUGCACUUCUUGUUCUUUGCUUGGCGACGUAUGGAGAAGGAGAUCCGACCGACAAUGCCAUCGGAUUGGUCGAAUACCUCAAUUCGGACAGCUGCGAUUUAUCCGGAGUUCGUUAUGCGGUUUUUGGACUCGGCAACAAAACUUACGAGCAUUUCAAUGCAGUCGGAAAACAAAUGGACAAACAGCUUGAGAAGCUUGGUGCCACCAGAAUAUUCCAGAUGGGGCUUGGAGAUGAUGACGCGAAUUUGGAAGAGGACUUUAUGAGAUGGAGAGAAGCCUUUUUACCAAAAGUUGCCGAAGAAUUCGGAUGGGAACUGAACGCUGAAGCUGAGACCAUGAGACAGUAUCGUUUAGAAUCAGUCGAACCUGGAAAAGCGUUGUUCAAGGGAGAAUUUGGAAGACUUGGAGCCUAUGAGCGUCCGCGUCCACCGUUCGAUGUCAAGAAUCCAUAUUUGGCGACAAUUACCGAAAACAGAGAGCUUCACCUUGAAAAAUCUGACAGAAGUUGUCGGCACAUCGAAUUUUCUGUCGAAGGAUCGAGAAUUCGAUAUGAAGCUGGAGAUCAUUUGGCCGUGUUUCCAACGAAUGAUUCGAAGCUCGUUGAUCGACUCAUCGAGCUUCUUGAAUUCGAUCCAGAUCAAUCGUUCCGACUUGUGAAUGUCGAUGAAGAUGCAUCAAAGCGACACCCGUUCCCAUGUCCAACCACAUUCCGCACAGCUCUUUCUCACUAUGUUGAUAUCUGUGCCCCGGUGAAAUCGCAUGUGCUCAAAGCUAUCAGUGAGUAUUGUUCCGAUGAGGCUCAGAAGAAGAAUCUUGACUUGCUUGCGACUGCUACCGAGGAAGGAAUGAAAGAAUAUGCCAGAUAUAUUGUGAAAGAGCGGCGAUCGAUUGUCGAUGUUCUCAACGAGCACAGAUCCUGUAAAGCUCCGAUUGAGUACCUUCUCGAGCUUCUUCCUCGUCUUCAGGCUCGCUACUACAGUAUCGCUUCAUCGCCAAGAGUGAAUGAGGAGAAGAUUGCGAUAUGCGCGGUAAUCACGAAAUAUUCUAUUGGUGACAGACACAUCAAUGGAGUGUGCACCAAUUAUCUCAGCACCAAAAUGGCGAACUCGAAGGCUCCAGUUUUUGUGAGAAAAUCGACGAUGCGUCUUCCUCACCGAAUCACCACUUCAGUUAUCAUGAUCGGACCGGGAACUGGAUUCGCGCCGUUCCGAGGAUUCCUGCAAGAUCGUCAAUGCCAUAAAAAUUCUGGAAAAGAAGUUGGCGAGAUGCAUUUGUAUUACGGAUGCCGUCAUCCCGACCAUGAUUACAUUUAUAGAGACGAAUUAGAAGACUUUGUUAAAGAUGGAGUCCUGACACACCUCGAAUGCGCAUUCUCGAGACUCUCCGACAAAAAGGUUUACGUGCAAGACAAAUUGUGGGAAACAAAGGAUCGCGUCUGGGAUGCCAUCAACAACGGCGCGCAUGUUUAUGUCUGCGGAGAUGCCCGUAAUAUGGCCCGCGAUGUUCAAGCGACCCUUCUUAAAAUAUUCCGAGAAGUUGGCGCAAAAUCCGAAUCCGACGCUCAAGCAUUCUUUAAAGAUCUCGAAAAAUCCAAGAGAUAUCAAGCAGAUGUGUGGUCAUAA